UCUCCUCCUGCUAUUUGAAUAGAGAGUCUGCGGAGCACUCUUUUGUUCAGUAGCGCUCAGCUGCUGGAGAGGUGAGCACCACUCUGGCUCGCGCUCAUCCACUCAUCGCGGCUGCUGCUGCUGCUGCUCCUCUCUCCUUCUCCUUCUUCUUCUUCUCGGCUCGUCUCCGGAAGACGCGCGCGGACCCCGCUCGAGACAGAGACCCACUGCAGCCAAAAAGAAAAAGAAAAAAAAGAUAACGACACAGCCACCCUCCUAUUCCUCUCGGUCUGUCCCCUCGCUGCCCCCGCCCACCCCUCGACAUCCAACAACUGCUUCGUUUUCAACCCCGACGCUCGCGGGGUCUUUUACGCGUCGUUGGAUGGUUCAGUUCCUCCGUCUGUGGCGCUACCACCUGCACCGUUAUCAGACCGACGCUCCUGUAAGGCUGCAGCAUCGCUCUACAUUCCUGUGAACUGGACCUCACUUCAUCCGAAAGGUGCAGCAGGAUGCAGGGCGUACUGCCUGUGUGUGGACUGCAGCCCCUGCUGGCCCUCCUUCUGCUUCUGACUGCGGGCUGUGACAUAACCAAUGCUGACACUGUGGUGAAUAUGCGGAAAGUGACCCACCAGACCAUAAGCGAGGAGCUGUCCAAAACCGUUCUCCUCCCGUGCCUCUUCACCCUUCGUCCCAGUGCCAGUUCAUCCCAUGAGCCCCCCAGGAUCAAGUGGACCAAGGUGUGGGGCCAAAGAGGCUCCGACGGCCUGCAGAAGGAACAGUCUGUCCUGGUGGCCAAAGACAAUGUGGUCAAGGUGAAGAAGGCCUUCCAGGGUCGUGUAACGCUGCCUGGUUACAACGUCAACCGCUAUAACGCUAGUCUUGCUCUGACUGGGCUACGUUCCAGUGACUCUGGUCUGUACCGCUGUGAAGUUGUGGUGGGCAUCAAUGAUGAGCAGGACACAGUCCCCCUGGAGGUUACAGGCGUGGUAUUUCACUACCGAGCCCCUCAUGACCGCUAUGCCCUGUCCUUCACCGACGCCAAGAGGGUGUGCAUGGAGAACUCAGCAGUCAUGGCAACGCCAGGCCAGCUACAGGCUACCUUCGCUGAUGGCUAUGACAACUGCGAUGCUGGCUGGUUGUCUGACCAGACUGUCCGGUAUCCCAUCCAGUCGCCUCGGCCCGGUUGCUAUGGCGAUCGCGAGGACUCACCUGGAGUCCGUAACUACGGCAAUAGGUCUCCUGAUGAGCUGUUUGAUGUUUACUGCUUUGCUAAGCAGCUUCAAGGCGAGGUCUUCCACUCCACCGUACCAGAGAAGCUGAGCCUGGCCACAGCCUCCACCCACUGCCACUCCCUGGGAGCCCAGCUGGCUACCGUUGGGCAGCUCUACCUGGCCUGGCAGGCCGGCCUGGACCAGUGUGACCCCGGCUGGCUGGCGGAUGGAAGCGUCCGCUACCCCAUCAACGUCCCGCGGAAGAACUGCGGCGGGGAUGAGCCUGGGGUGCGGACCGUCUACAACAACCCCAACCGCACUGGCUUCCCUGACACCACGGCCCUGUUCGACGCCUACUGCUACCGAGCCCACCAGCCAGCGGGGGUCCAGGCUGCAGAGGCACAGGUUUUACAUCAGCCUGCCGAGCCAGCAGCUCAGGCUAUCUCCUCAGUCACUGAAGCCCAGCACAGCGCCCCCUUCCCCAAGACUUCCACCUGGACCGGCCUGGUUGACUUGGACAAAGCAGGAUUGCACUCCAUUGCUGGAAUCAACAACUCCUCUGAGAUCUCUGACGAGCACAUAGUCAUUCACUUAAGGCCUGAGGAGGGUUGGAAAGAAGGACAGGAUGGCUCUAGAAGCAGCCAGCUCAGCCAGGAGGAGACUGAUGGCCCAAAGAGCAGCAACACCUUGGGCCUCUCUGACCUUGAGAGCCUGGAGAAUCACGGAGGCUCUGCCCAUGAGGAAGAGGAUGGCGGCUAUUUUGGAUCUGACACCCCAACAUUAUCCUCCAUAGCUUCUUCCACUCCCCAGCCCCAGGCCGGCAACAGUGUGUUGGCUGAGUUUGUAAACACUCUUAUGAGACCCUUUAGGUACUGGACUGGAGAUGAGGAGGGUGAAGAGGCAGAGAAGGGACUUUCAGCACCUGAGGAAAAAGCAGGAGAGAACCAGACGCAGAGUGAAGCAUCCAGUGGAAACCUGAGUAUCCCUAAAGCCAGCAGAAACAAGGGAAGUGUGGACAAUGCAAUCACAGAGCACAAGAGUGGUAGUUUUCCAUUUAGGGCUCCUACCAGCGGAAUACAGGGUACAGCGGAAGGUCUGUCUGAGCAGGAGAAAGAGGUGAUGCCAUUGAUUCGAUUAGUACCUGCAGUCCAAAACACAGGGCAAAGCGAGACCAGCACCCAGCCAGGGGAGCGAGCCUCCAGCACAUCUGCUGACAACCGUCUGUCCACUGUUAACGAAUUCACUGUAUCACGUCCCGAUGAGAGAUCACCCCCCAAUGAACAUGUCAACACAUCCGGUCCCCAGGAUCCCAGAGGAGGGCCAGCCUUUGCUCCCGCCCCCAGCAGCCAAUUUCGGUGGGCCAUCAAGUCCAUGCGUAGCUCUAAACUAGGUCCCCCUGGAAAUGUUGGCUAUGUGGGUAAACGUCCCACCUGGGAGCCCAUGGAAGCGAAAGCAGGACCCCUCGAGGUCAUGACCCUGCCCACCUCCUUCCAUCAGGACAACCCAGAAAAUUAUUCAGGUGAGGGGAAGGACCAAGAUGGAGAAGACACCGCCACUCCGUCAGCUGCUAAGAGUACGUCAGGGGAGGAGAGGGAGAUAGAAGCAAGCGGAGAGGGCAGCAACCUUCCCGGUGGGUUUGGAGUGAGAGUCAACAACUUGGACAGUAGCGGUAUCAAAGCGAGUCCCGAAACAGUGUCUUCACUCAGCCAGAGCGAGCUUGUGACUUUGGCCGAGCACACUACUCUGUCUCAGUGGCAGCUUGUGGAACAGCCCACCACCCCACCUCAGGGCUCCCAGGUACCAGACACAGCAGAGGAGGCCAGGGGAGAGAUCCUGUAUGUCCGCCGGCCUACCGACAACCUCUUCUCUGCCUCCUCACACAGAGGGGAGGGUGGCUCAAAUUCAGGAUUUACUCCUGUUUUUAGGAAGCACACCAAGGGCUUGAGCAGAGAGGAGGUGGCGUCUUCAACACCCGAAGCCCUGAUGGAGGUGCUGACAACCUCUGGGGUGACUACACCACAGCUUCUGACGACCAGAGACACACAGAGGACAGAUCCCACCACCACAGCAACCGCCACAGAAAAUUCCUCUCACAGCUCCUCUACAGAGGAGCCAUCGAUUUCCAUUUCAUGGGUUCAGGAGGAGAAGGAGAAAACAACAAGUACACCUGACCUGCAGGAGGAUCGAGCUACUCCAGCACCCAGCGCUGGAUCUCAGACGACAACAGGAAUCAUUCAGCUGACCACCCUUGCAUCUGACUUCAGAGUUGGCGCCACAGAAAUGGAAUCAAGGUCCGCUGUGUCUGAAUCCUUUGUGGUGGGAAGUAGGUGGACACCUUUCAAAGACGUGAGCCAAAAAUCAGAGGAACCCAAAGGCAAGGAGACGAUAGACAACAAAGACACAAGCAACCCUUUCGGCAUUCUCGUACCCAACUGGGCCUUUGGUCUCAUCCCAUCAGUGGAGAAUAACCCAUGCCAGACCAACCCCUGUCUCCACGGAGGGAGCUGCCUGCAGGAGGGUGACGGCUAUAGCUGCUACUGUCCUCAGGGCUUCUCUGGGGAGAGCUGCGAGAUCGACAUUGAUGACUGCCAGUCUAAUCCAUGCCAGAAUGGAGGAACCUGCAUUGAUGAGAUCAACUCCUUUGUGUGUCUGUGUCUGCCCAGCUACGGAGGAGCUACUUGCGAGAAAGACACAGAGGGCUGCGAGCACAUGUGGAGGAAGUUCCACGGCCACUGCUACAGGUACUUCACCCGCAGACACACCUGGGAGGACGCCGAGAAGGACUGCAGGGAGCACAGUGGCCACUUGGCCAGCAUCCACAGCCUGGCUGAGCAGAACUUUAUUAGAGGCCUGAGCCAUGACAACACCUGGAUCGGGUUAAAUGAUCGUACAGUGGAGGAUGACUUUCAGUGGACAGACAAGAUGGACCUGCAAUAUGAGAACUGGCGUGAAAACCAGCCAGACAACUUCUUCGCUGGAGGAGAGGACUGCGUGGUUAUGAUUUCUCAUGAGAAUGGCAAAUGGAAUGACGUGCCCUGCAACUACAAUCUGCCCUACGUCUGCAAGAAGGGAACAGUGCUUUGUGGAGCCCCUCCCCCCGUGGAUAAUGCCUUUCUGAUUGGUCGGAAGCGCUCUCACUAUGACAUCCACUCUGUAGUGCGCUAUCAGUGCGCCGACGGCUUCCUGCAGCGCCACGUGCCCACUGCUAAGUGUCGCGCCAACGGCAAGUGGGACCGACCUAAAAUCAUCUGCAUAAAAUCCCGGCGAGCCCACCGUUACCGGCGCCACCACCACAAGGGCAGGAGGGAGCGCAGGAAGCACAAGAGGCACGGCCACAGGGAGGGAGGCCACCACGGAGGAGAGCCGGGCCAGGGUCACAACCACGCCCACUUCUGAACCAAAAAAAUUAAAAAAAAAACAACCCAUCCCCUUUCCUUUUCCUCCUCUGCUGCCAACUGCAGUUUGCCUGUCUCCCUGUCAUCCACAUUUCCCCCAAACGCUUCUUCACAACCUUACAGCCCAGAACUCUCUAACCCUCCCCUCUCCUGCCUCCCUGCACUGCCCCGCCGUGCCCUUAGCUCCACCCUCUGGCUCUCCAAGUCAGCCUGUAUCAUAGUUAAUUCUGAGGCCUGCCAACGCGCUGCCGGGCGUCACCAGGACAAUAAAAAAUCCCUUUGUACUCUUUUUACUUUCUUUUCUCUGUUUUAACUUUCUUGUCUUAACCUGUCUGUCUCUCCACCUACCCCACACCCACCCCCACCACCCCCUCCCACUUGACCCAGUUACUCUUCCUUCGAGCUCAACAAUGACCUGAAACAUGGGGCUACACUGACCUGUUUUUGGAAAAAAAAUAAAUAAAUAAAAAACCUUUGCGAUCCACACCGAACAAUCUUUGGAGAGAAGUGGUUUAGUACAAACUGUAAAUAGGGACAACAUCGCUGAAAAAUGCUGUAUCAAAAUCAGACGAGUCAAGGAAGACAUCAUGUUGACUUGAGCCUUUUGUCUGUUAAACACACACAUUAUUUUUUACAAAUACUCAGUGUUUAUUUCUUGACUCUGCUGCUUUUGGUUUGCUCUUUGUAAGACAUUGUACUUGACUUACAGCGACAUGGAGUUAUUCUGAAACAGAUUUCAUUGUUUUUCUUUGAAUCAGAGGCAGUUGUAAUUGAAUUAUUUGAUUGUUAGUGUUGUAUCUUCUUGUCAGUGUUAAGACAGUUACUUUAGAUGCUAAACCCCCAGAGGAAAAUGGAAAACACAUCUCAAUUCAGUUUCAUCACGUCACAUUACACAUCAGUCACUUUUCAGAAGUUGCUGAAAAGCCACACCUCGUCGUUGUCAAGGGUUAAUCUGAAUGUUUGAUGUCAGUUUGUCUCAGCUCAGCUCAGCAUACCCACAUUUCCUUCAGCGUUUCUCAUCGUUCGUGCUUCUGUAGGAAAUGUGUGCUGUGAAUUAAUCAAGGUGAUGCAGCGGGGCAAAGCUCAUCUGUUUCUCCUUUAUGUUGGAGUUUUGCUUCUUUGGUCUGAUAAAGAGAAAUUAUUCUGUCAACCAGGCAUGAGAUAUACAGAGGGAGGCGGAGCAGGUUAUUUAUCCAGAUCCAGUGGCCUCCUCAUUUGUCACUGCAAGCACAAGAUAUGACAAGUCCAUGCAGAGUCUGGGCGCACUGCAAAAAAAAAAAAAAAAAAAAAUUACAUAUAUGUAACUUAAAGUUCAACAUUGUCUCUUCAUGUAGCUCUGUUUUGGACAAACAACUGCCUGCUGCAGCUGUAAGUAACAUGGAUGAGAGCAGUGAUACUAAAUUAAAACAACAUUGCAGGCCAUAAAAACAAAACAGUUUCGUUCAAAAAUGCUAAAACGUUUCAUUGAGUUGGGGAUGAGUUGCAUAUCCUCAUUUGAUCCGGUAUCAACAUAACUUUAUUGAUUGGAGCAGAUUUAAACAUCAGAUUAAAUGACUUGUGAUAUUUUUUGCAGUGCACAGUACUCUGCCCAUAUAACCAGCCCUCUAAACCAGGAUGGGUUGGACAUGUGGUGGAGAGCAGACAUGAGAGCUAGCAGAGACUAAUUCUGGUGACUGUAGGAUCAUGAAUCAAAGGAGUGCACACAGGGUACGAGGAUGAAUAUAAGUCAGAGGAGACGGAGAUGUUGAGAUCUUUCUCAUCUCAGUGUGUGCUUUUCUGUGAGCUCUGCGUGUGUGUGUGUGUGUGUGUGUGUUUAUGAUUGAAGAUGUUGACAGUGGUUGGAAGUCCCAGAGGAUGAUGAUAGAGAGGGUCAGAGGAGAUUAAGGCUUCCCCAUUUCUGGGGCAGACUGAGUCUCACAGCGGUUCACACCUGUGCUUUCUCCUGCCUCGUGUCCUGCUUUAAAGAGGGGAUUGAGACGGAUAGAACAAGCGCUUUGCUCUCUUUUCCUUCCACUUUACUGCCGGGGUUAAAUUGCUGUUUUUUAAAGCUAGCACUUGAGCUUUUGGAGCUUCUGGGAUUAUGUCCCAAACACUGACUCCGGCACUUUUAUCCUUUAUGUUACUCCAUCUUGUUCUGCUUUUUCCUUCACCACCUCUUUUAGCACUUUUCAUUUAUCUUCCUCACUCGAUUUUCUUUUUACUGCCACUGUCUUUUUACAGCAGAAAAAUUGCAGAGGAUGAGCACACUGAAAUUUAGUUUAACCAGCUCUUUAUUGGAGAAAGAAUACACACAGAGUUUUCAGCAGCUUUUCAAACAUCUUAUAAAAAAAGAACACUAAAGCAGGAUUGGAUUUUAUAUAUAUAUAUAUAUAUAUAGCCACGUGAGGUAAGAAAAUCAAUCCUGUGCACAUUAACUCUCUUGCCUUUAUUUGUCCCUUCUCACCUUGGCAAUGACAACACUCCUCUGCACAGAGAAGAAUAGUGAACCUACACCCCUGUAUCAGUUUAAUUAAUCAACUGCAUGCCUAAUUAACAAGCCGCAUUAUCUUCAGAACCACAGAGCCGUGAUGACAAGGGAAGGGUUAUGUUGACGGACAGCCAGUGGAAGGUUUAGGGUGACGGACAGGAGGCUCAGAGAACUGUCACAGCCGUCAAACCCCUGUCGUUUCAUAGAUGUCAGAAUGCUUUUUUUUUUUCCUCUCUGGGAAAAUGGAUUGACCAUGGGUGGAUGAAUGAAAGGGCAGACAGAAGCCCCUCUCACAGUUAUUCAGAUCUGAGUUGAUGCCCUGAGACAGUGUAAUUACAGUUGUGUAAGGCCUCAGCAAUGUCACAGGCAAUGAAAAACUUUCUAAAGAAUGAUGUGAUGAAGUGAUAAGGAAUGGAACUCGGGCUAGAAAAUAGCAAGAGGAGACAAAUUUGGACCAAAUUAAAUGUAAAAGUCUACUUGUUCAACUAAUGUUUAAUUUGCUCUUCUGUCUCAUGUGGUUACUUUUUCCGCCUCUGCAAAGAUUACUAGGUCUACAACAAAAAUACCACAGAUUUAUGUAAAUCGUUCAUCUUUAAUGAGGUGCUUUCCGCUGAUAAUGUUCUGUUUUUGUCAUUAAGUUUGAAAAGUUUGACCUGACUUCUUAAACCAGACAUCCAAAAUAAAAUAGACACCGGAUAAAAAGCUGUUGUUUGUGUGGAGUUUUCUCCCAGUAAUGGAACAGCUUGCUUUUGGCACAUCCUCGGGGACUGGUCACUUUCUCUUCUGUGUUUUUUUGAAGGUGUUAGGCUUUCUCACAGCAUCUCUCUCACAAUAACUCUUUUUAAGUAUUGACUGCAUGAAAACAAAACAUUCUUCCUCACAUUUUUCCCUCUUCAGAUUUCAAACACGCUGACCCUCGCUCUCAGAAGUGUCUGUCUCUCAUUGCUUUUUACUCUCCUUCUCAUCUCCUCCACUUGCAGCCCCCUCUCCCUUCCCCUCGUUGGUCUUUCUAGUCGUAGUCCUGAAGGCAGGCAGGCAGACAGCAAUGAAGCCUUAUAACUGCGAGUCUUAAUUAUGAAGAUGAGUGACUUAAGAGAGGGUGCUGCCAGCUGGUUCUUGGCUCAGCGGUGAGCCUGAGGGGAGAGCAGCGGGCGAAGCAUUGAAAGUCUUCGCAGCCAGCAGGCCUCUUCUCAGGCUGAACCACCUAUCCUAAUUGUGACCUAGUCAUCCCCCUCACUCACAGCUCACAGCUGAGGACUUUUAAGCUUGGCUGAGAUGAGAUAAGAGCAGGGGAUCAAAAGGGAGUGCGCACAGCAUCUCUGUGUUCUUGUGGCUGUGACAGUCUGUAUAAACAGCUACAGCGGGAGCACGGCUCGGUUACAUUUGUAUAUGUUGCGAGGGAGUGUGUGUCUCACUGAAUCAGUGUGUGAGAGGUCAGUUAACUGUGGGUGUCCUUGUGUCUCAGCAGGUUGGUGCAACAGCUUUCAUAACCACAAAUACUAAUUCUUUUUACACAACCGGGCAAAACAAAUUAAAAUAAGAAAUUGUCGUGGUGAGAAGGGAAAAAAACAAAGUGGGAUUGGAGGGCCAAAGAAGCUGCACUCUCACCAGCUCAUGAUCCAUGGACAAAGUUGAAAACAUGGAGAUAAAGAAGCAGUAGUGUCCUUGUGCUGCAGAGUACAGUCAGUCGGCCCUGUAGUAUUAUAAAUGCUCCUGAACAGGUUAGCAAUUUCAGCUUGCAUUUGGAAAGGCUAACAAAAAAACACAGAAGUCUCCAAACCAUGUAUUUGCAGUGUCGUUCUCAUUGCAGCCCAGUGUGCGCCACCGCCAUGUUGACAAAUCCAAAGCUUGACAGACCCGCCGUGCUGAGUUAACUUUUGUUAAGAUAUGAUGGGACAGUCACUGGUCGUGCUGGGAAGAAGGGUUUAGCGGAGGGUCAGCUCUGAUCCGAUCAAUUAACGAUGCAGUAACUGCUUAUGAUGUUUCAAGAGGAUGGGUGAGUUGGUUGUAAGAUCUCACCCUGCCUGUUUAUUUACUGUCAAGAGAAAUAAGUGACAGGUGACUGUGUGUAUGCAUGUGUGUGUAGGACCUUGUUUCCCUGUGUGUGGGUCCAUGUGCAAACAGUGUGAAAGAUAGCUGAGAAUCUCUGUUUCCCCAACGUACUGUACCGACCUUUCCCUGACUGUAAACCUGAGGCAUUUGAACGCAGCGCUCGUCAGCAAUGACAACCUGAUAAGAGUGGCGGAGGCUGUUGUCCUUAGUCGCACACAGACAGACUAUUGAUUUCGUGAUUAGGCUGUCUGUCUUGGGUUCCUAUUAAGUCUGUCGAUGGCAUUGACGGCACAGUGGCGUCGACUGACCACUGGAUGUUUUCUAAAUGACAAGAAAACAGACUAACAUUGUUCACAGCACUCCUCUGCUCCGCUGUGAGCGAGCAAGUUGUGUACUCUCUCAUGUAACUGGUUCCACUCAGAUAUCAUUUCUGCAUCAUUAUCCUCUUUUCUUAUUCUUAUCCAUCUCACAGACCUUUCAAAACUCUUUCCUUUUCAGUUGUGGACUGCUGCAUCACCUCUUAACUGGUCAGUAUCUAAUGUAUAGGCACACCCCUAGUGGUAUUUGUAUGACAUCGCAUCUCUGUCUGAUAUUGAGCUGAGACUAUUUGUCAUUGUCGAGAGAGCGGUUGUAUUCUGUUGGGAUGGAUGGAUGGAUGGAUGAGUGGAGACAUGUUGCAGUGAGAGAAUGAGUAAUGAAAGAGACAAACGCAGAACAGAAACCAAUGACAAACACUCCUCUGUGAUGUAAAUACUCUGAGGUUUAUCUUUUCCUUUUUUUAUUUAAAUCCAUUUAAACUCUGGGUGUGUUUGUUGCUUAGCCUCUCUGGACCAUAUUCAUACAGCCUCUGUAGAAAACCCCCUCAACUCCCUCUUUCUGUUCCCUCAAACACACACACACACACACACACAUGUAUCAGAAAAAAACACACACAGCCGCUCUGGUCAAAACACACACUUUGCAGGAGAGCCACAAGCAACGUGUUUACCAUCCACACAAACAUCACCUCUUUGGCUCAGUUCCCCUGCACAACACUUCAGUUUGCGGGCUAGCUGUGUGUUCACAUCCUCUGCGAGCACAGACACAAUGUAACUGCAACUGAGCCCGUCUACAGCUGUGUGAAUGUGGUCCACAAGUGUUUAUUCAUAUUUAUUGAUGUAUGUUCUUAUAAAUUCCAGUCCUGUCAUUGUAUUAUAUUCUUUACAAGACAAAUGAUCAUUAAAGGAAACCCUUGUUUGGAUCCGUUA